AGACACUAUGAGAAUUGGCGAAAUCAAGUGCUAAGAAAAAACUUUACCUAGAAAAGUGUCCGUGUUAAGAAGUGUUGGUGUUCAGAAGUGUCGGUGACGAGAAGUCUGAAGCAAUCAUUAUGAAGAAUCAGAUCUAUUUAGGUUUUGCACUGUUGUCUGUAUCUGGAGCACAGUUCCAGGAUCCCAUAGCCAACCUAAUCCCAACCUAUGGAGAGGACCUACUACCAGGAUACAGUGAGCUGGCUCCUGUUAUGUCAGGAAUAGAUAUGUUGAGAAUGGCUGUUCCAGGUACACCUGGAGAAGAUUAUCCUAUUUACUCUGAGGUACCGGUCACCGGCUUCAACUGUCAAGGAAGAACAGAGGGUGGAUACUAUGCAGAUCCAGAAGCUGAUUGCCAACCCUUUCACAUCUGUACUGCUGAUGGAAAAGGAGGGUUGUCCAAGUACAGUUUCUUGUGUCCAAACGGAACCUUGUUCAACCAGGAGUUUUUUGUAUGUGAAUAUUGGUUCAACGUUGACUGUUCAAAGUCUGAAUCAUUUUACAAUUUGAACGAUGAGAUUGGAGAAACACAGGCUGGUGCUGCCUCCUCUCCUGUGGGAGGUUAUGCUUCUCCACCUGUUCAGUCCGUUCCUCCUCCUCGCCCUGCACCAUCUCGACCUGCUCCUGCACCUGCUGCUCCUCGUCCUACACCUGCACCUUACUCUCCCCCCGACUAUGAUGAAUCUGGUUUCCAGUCUUCUCCUGAAGCUUAUGAAGGUCCGGAAGAUGGUUCUCAGUCUUCUCCUGCUGGUUAUGAUGCCCCUGUCUCCUCCUACCAGCCUGCUGUCGACAGCUAUGGAUCUCCAAGUGCUGCUGUAUCUCAGUAUGAUCAGGGAAAUCCAGGCAGAGGAAAGUCUGGAGGACAAAGGAAAAAUCCACGCCCUUCAUCUCCCCGCCAGCCAAUUCAGAAGCCUGCUGGAAAUGUGAGGAACCAGGUACAAACUAGUAAAGGACGUGGAUCCUAUUCAGCCCCAUCUUCUCCUGCUGCUUUCCCAUUGACUGAAUAUGGGGCACCUCCGCCCCUAGCUCCCCUCAAUGACAACUUUCUACCUUCUGUUUCCUCUCCCAGUGAGAGUUAUGGAGUAGCAUCCCCAAGUGCCGCAGCCCCCUCUUCCAGCUAUUCCCCUGCUGCCAACCCAACUCCUUCUAAUAACAAUUAUGGAAGCCCUGAUGAAUAUGAUUAUGAAGAGGAACCUCUUCCAACCUAUAACAGAGGUAAUUCUUACAACGCACCCGACUCCUCAGCAGCAGGUUCCUCAGAAUCCAGAUAUUCAGCUCCUGGUGUUGCACCAGCAGCAUCAGCCUACUCAGAACAAGAGGAAGAUGAACCCCUACCUACCUACAACUACAGGGAAUCCAAUAAUGAACCAAGUUACACUGCCCCUGCUCCGUCUGUACCUUUAGCAAAAAGACCUAUUUCCUCUCCAGCUAGAGCAUCAGGAUCCAGACAGAAUAAUUUCAAUCCCAGAGGAAAGGGAUCUUCUAAUGUUGGAGCACCUGUUGAAGAAAGUUACGGAGCACCUCCUGCUGAAAGCUAUGGUGCACCUGCUGAUGAAAGUUAUGGAGCUCCAGCAGAGGAAAGUUAUGGAGCCCCUGCUGAUCAAAGUUAUGGUGCCCCUCCUCCUGCUCUGGCUGCUGAAAGCUACGGUGUCCCUCCAGCUGCUCCAGCUGCUGAAAGCUAUGGUGCCCCUCAAGCUGCUGAAAGUUAUGGUGCCCCUCCUCCUGCUCUGGCUGCUGAAAGCUACGGUGUCCCUCCAGCUGCUCCAGCUGCUGAAAGCUAUGGUGCCCCUGCUGCUCCGGCUGUGGAAAGCUAUGGUGCCCCAGCUGCUCCAGCUGUGGAAAGCUAUGGUGCCCCAGCUGCUGACCCUGUAAGCACUGUGCCCGGAGGCUAUCAAGAUCCUGCUGCUGAUCUUCUGCCCGAAUACUUCAAGUCUGAAAUAAAUCUUGGACUCAGUGAUCCGGAUGAUAUCCCUCGUAUUGAACCCUUCCUGUCUGACUAUGGUGCACCCAGUGCCCCAACCAAAACCGUUUAUAAACCUGCUCAAAGCACUCCAGAUCUUAGCUACGGAGUACCAGCUGCCCCUGUUAUUGAAUCCAGCGGGUACGGAAGAUAAGCGUUCAAGCUUGCCACACUUUGUCCUGCAAAUUCCGGGAACCAACGUUAUGUUUAUUUAUUUUAUAUCUAUUUAUCUAUUUAUUUAUUUAGUCUUCAGUAAGGAAGAACUAGUCAAUCAUGUCGCAUUGCCAUUGUAUGGUCGUAUCAUACCUAGUCUUUAUAUUUAUGCUAGUCUUGUUUAUGUUUAUUUAUUUCCUGAUUAGUUCAGAAAAAAAAUAAAGUUGAAAAAAAAAGUU